CGCCAUUUUCUAUGUUUUCCUUCACUGCGAAGUGGUACACUAAUUUUAAAUGCUGAAACGAAAAUAAUAGUAACAAGUGUGGGCUUUUAUUUACCCCCCAUCUCCAUUUACGUGGGGCUGACCGAUUUGCUCCUAAUUCAGACAAGGAGACCCCCGAAAUAGACGAUGUACAUCAAACAGGUUAUCAUCCAGGGGUUCCGAAGUUAUCGGGACCAGACUGUGGUAGACCCGUUUAGUCCCAAGCACAAUGUCAUCGUUGGACGAAAUGGAUCAGGAAAAAGUAACUUUUUCUAUGCCAUUCAGUUUGUGCUCAGUGAUGAGUUCAGCCACCUCCGACCUGAGCAGCGCCUGGCCUUGCUCCAUGAGGGAACUGGUCCUCGAGUCAUUUCUGCAUUUGUGGAGAUUAUAUUUGACAACUCCGACAACCGGCUGCCGAUUGACAAAGAGGAAGUCUCCCUUCGUCGUGUCAUCGGUGCAAAGAAGGACCAGUAUUUCUUGGACAAGAAGAUGGUGACUAAGAAUGACGUCAUGAACCUUCUGGAAAGUGCCGGCUUCUCCCGCUCUAACCCCUACUAUAUUGUCAAGCAAGGCAAGAUCAACCAAAUGGCCACAGCGCCUGACUCUCAGCGUCUGAAGCUGCUGAGGGAGGUGGCAGGAACAAGAGUGUAUGAUGAACGAAAAGAAGAAAGUAUUUCGCUCAUGAAGGAAACAGAGGGCAAAAGGGAGAAGAUCAAUGAGCUGUUGAAGUACAUUGAGGAGCGUCUGCACACCCUCGAGGAUGAAAAAGAGGAGCUGGCUCAGUACCAGAAAUGGGACAAGAUGAGAAGAGCUCUUGAGUACACCAUCUACAACCAGGAGCUCAAUGAAACCCGCGCCAAACUGGAUGAGCUGUCUUCCAAGAGAGAAACGUGUGGAGACAAAUCACGACAGUUACGUGAUGCUCAGCAAGAUGCCAGAGACAAAGUUGAGGAGACCGAGCGAGUUGUCCGAGAAUUGAAAUCUAAGAUCUCCGCCAUGAAGGAGGAGAGGGAGCAAUUGUCUGCUGAGCGCCAGGAACAGAUCAAACAGAGGACCAAACUAGAGCUGAAGGCCAAGGACCUGCAGGAUGAGCUGGCAGGCAACAGUGAACAGAGGAAACGUCUGCUGAAAGAGCGUCAGAAGUUGCUGGAGAAAAUUGAAGAGAAACAAAAGGAGCUGCAGGAGACAGAACCCAAAUUCAAUAUGGUGAAAGAAAAGGAGGAGCGAGGUAUCUCCAGACUUGCCCAGGCUACGCAGGAGAGGACCGACCUUUAUGCCAAGCAGGGCCGUGGCAGUCAGUUCACCUCCAAAGAGGAGAGGGACAAGUGGAUCAAGAAAGAGUUGAAAUCUCUGGACCAAGCCAUCAAUGAUAAAAAGAGACAAAUUGCUGCCAUCAAUAAAGAUCUGGAGGAUACAGAGACCAACAAAGAGAAGAACCUUGAGCAGUAUAAUAAACUAGACCAAGAUCUUAAUGAGGUGAAGACUCGCGUUGAGGAGUUGGACAAAAAGUACUACGAAGUGAAGAACAGAAAAGAUGAGCUGCAGAGUGAAAGAAACUACCUUUGGCGUGAGGAGAAUGCAGAACAGCAGGCCUUGGCGGCCAAACGUGAGGACCUGGAGAAGAAACAGCAGCUCCUCAGAGCUGCCACAGGCAAGGCAAUCCUGAAUGGCAUUGACAGCAUCAACAAAGUCCUUGAGCAUUUCCGCCGCAAGGGCAUUAACCAGCAUGUGAUCAACGGUUACCACGGCAUCGUUAUGAAUAACUUUGAGUGUGAGCCUGCCUUUUACACCUGUGUGGAGGUGACUGCUGGUACCAGACUGUUCUACCACAUUGUGGAGACCGAUGAGGUCAGCACCAAAAUACUAAUGGAGUUCAACAAGAUGAAUCUUCCGGGAGAAGUCACAUUCCUACCCCUCAGCAAGCUCGAUGUCAGGGACACCGCCUACCCAGAGACCAAUGAUGCCAUUCCAAUGAUCAGCAAGCUGCGCUACAGCCACAACUUUGACAAGGCCUUCAAGCACGUAUUUGGGAAGACAUUGAUUUGUCGCAGCAUGGAGGUUUCUACGCAGCUGGCCAGAGCUUUCACCAUGGACUGUAUCACCUUGGAAGGUGACCAGGUGAGCCACCGUGGAGCUCUGACAGGAGGCUAUUAUGAUACUAGAAAGUCUCGGCUGGAGCUGCAGAAGGACAUGAGGAAGGCUGAAGAGGAGCUGGGUGAGCUGGAGGCCAAGCUUAAUGAGAAUCUGCGCAGGAACAUCGAACGUAUCAACAAUGAGAUCGACCAGCUGAUGAACCAAAUGCAGCAGAUUGAGACACAGCAGAGGAAGUUUAAGGCCUCCCGUGACAGUAUUCUUUCAGAGAUGAAGAUGCUGAAAGAGAAGAGGCAACAGUCAGAGAAGACUUUCAUGCCAAAGCAACGAAGUCUUCAGAGUCUGGAGGCCAGCCUCCACGCCAUGGAGUCCACUAGAGAGUCACUGAAGGAUGAGUUGGGCACAGAUUUGCUCUCCCAGCUCAGCCUGGAGGACCAGAGGCGCGUGGAUGACCUCAAUGAUGAGAUCCGCCAGCUCCAGCAGGACAACAGACAAUUGCUGAAUGAGAGAAUCAAGUUGGAGGGCAUCAUGACUCGAGUGGAGACGUACCUCAAUGAGAAUUUGAGGAAGCGUCUUGAUCAAGUGGAACAGGAGCUUAAUGAGCUGCGAGAGACCGAGGGAGGCACUGUACUCACAGCCACAACAUCCGAGCUAGAUGGCAUCAACAAACGGGUCAAGGAGACACUGGCCCGAUCAGAAGAUCUGGACACUUUGGUCGACAAGACGGAGUCGGAGAUCAAGGAUCACAUUAGGAGCAUGGAUCGUUGGAAGAACAUAGAGAAGGAACAAAAUGAUGCAAUCAACCAUGACACCAAGGAGUUGGAGAAGAUGACUAAUCGGCAGGGCAUGUUGCUCAAGAAGAAGGAGGAGUGCAUGAAGAAGAUCAGGGAGUUGGGCUCGCUACCUCAGGAGGCUUUUGAAAAGUACCAGACCCUCACACUCAAGCAGUUGUUCCGUAAGCUGGAGCAGUGCAACACGGAGCUGAAGAAGUACAGUCACGUAAACAAGAAGGCCUUGGAUCAGUUCGUCAACUUCUCUGAGCAAAAAGAGAAACUGAUCAAGCGUCAGGACGAGCUGGACCGAGGGUACAAAUCCAUCAUGGAACUUAUGAAUGUGCUGGAGCUGCGCAAGUACGAAGCCAUCCAGCUCACAUUCAAACAGGUGUCAAAGAACUUCAGCGAAGUAUUCCAGAAGUUGGUGCCUGGAGGUAAAGCCACGCUGGUGAUGAAGAAGGGAGACGCUGAAGGCAGUCAGUCCCAAGAUGAAGAGGGUGGCGCGGACAGCGAAAGGGGCUCCGGCUCACAGAGCAGCGUGCCGUCCGUGGAUCAGUUUACCGGAGUGGGGAUCAGAGUGUCUUUCACAGGCAAGCAGGGUGAGAUGAGAGAAAUGCAGCAGUUAUCUGGAGGUCAAAAGUCUCUGGUGGCCCUGGCUCUGAUCUUUGCCAUCCAAAAGUGUGACCCCGCCCCCUUUUACCUUUUUGACGAAAUCGACCAGGCCCUCGACGCCCAGCACAGGAAGGCUGUCUCAGACAUGAUUGUUGAGUUGGCCGGCCACGCUCAAUUCAUCACUACAACCUUCAGGCCUGAGCUGCUGGAGUCUGCUGAUAAGUUUUACGGAGUCAAAUUCAGAAACAAGGUGAGUCACAUUGACGUGAUCACAGCAGAGCAGGCCAAAGACUUUGUGGAGGAUGACACCACUCAUGGUUAAUAGGUGACUCCUAUUGACUUCUACCCUUCUUCUUCUGCGUUCUUAUGGUUCAAAUUACACUGUUAACUUAGCUGUUCACUGACAUUCUUAAUUUGAUUUGACUGAAUUUGUAUGACUUGAACAUUCGGAGGUUAAAAUUCUGCAGAAAAGUUUUAUAUAUGUAAGUUUUUAAUGUUUGUUUAACUUGUACCCGUUCCGACCUGUCCUUCCACUUGUCCCACCAUUCUGUUUGUGGGCCAUCAAAGAUAAAGGCUCUGUUCUAUACUUAGUAGUUCGUACUUUAAGUCAUUUUCUGUUUAGCAUAUUUACAUACGUGCCAUUUGAAUUCUGCGACACAUACCAAUGAUGGAAAGUUCUAACAGUUUUUUUUUUUUUUAAAUUUCCUCAUUGAUGUUGGUAUUCUAUUAGGUUGAAUGUUUUUUGUAUGUAAUAAAUUGGAUAAUGAAUUUAAAAAAAAAAA